AUGAUCGCAAGAGGCAGAUUCGUCUUGAAGUCUGCGGCACGUUUGUCUGCCCGUCAUGGCAGCCCUUUGAUGUCGCAAGCUAGGUUCAUCGCGACACCAAGCAUGCAGCUAUUGAUGCCCAUCAAAACCAUUGAUGUGCCAACGAUGGGAGAUAGUAUCACAGAAGGUACUAUUGUCGACAUGCCUGUGGCUCCAGGAGAUUACGUGCAACCUGAUGAUGUUGUCGUGAUACUCGAAACAGACAAGGUUUCAGUCGAUGUUCGUGCACCAGAGGGUGGAGCUCUUGUAGAAAUUUUUGGUGAAAUUGAUGACGUUGUUGAGGUUGGAAGCAAUCUUUUUCGUCUUGACACCGAUGCUGAUGCGCCCGAAGUCGAGGAAGCUGCUCCAAUCAAGGAAGAGGACACACUAACACCAAUGUCAGGGGCUGAAACUCCUGCCGAACCAACUCCAGCGCCCCCUCCUCCAAAAACGCCUCCAACUCCAGCUGAUGCUGCAUACACAGCACCUCCGAAAGCACCAAAGGUUGCACCCCCACAACCAGAAACUCCUGCAUUCAUGGGACAGCGCACUGAACGUCGCACGAAGAUGUCUCGCAUGCGUCAACGCAUUGCUACGAGGCUAAAGGAUGCCCAAAAUACCGCUGCCAUGUUGACUACUUUCCAAGAGUGUGAUAUGGGUGCCCUGAUGGAGAUGCGCAAAAAGCACCAAGACGCUUUCACUGCCAAGCAUGGCAUCAAGCUUGGUUUCAUGUCUGCCUUUGUCCAAGCAGCAACUGCUGCUUUGCAAGAGGUCCCCGUUGUCAAUGCAUACAUUGAUGAUGAGACCAAAGAAGUUGUCUACAGGGAAUAUUGCGAUAUUUCUGUUGCCGUUGCAAGCCCCAAUGGAUUGGUCGUGCCAGUCUUGAGAAACACUGAGAACAUGUCGUUCGCUGAUGUUGAACACAACAUUGCCAUGUAUGCCGAAAAGGCCAAGGAAGGAACAUUGGGAUUGGAUGAUAUGGCUGGAGGAACUUUCACAAUUUCCAACGGCGGAGUUUUCGGAUCCUUGAUGGGAACACCAAUCAUCAACCCUCCUCAAUCUGCUGUUUUGGGUAUGCAUGCAACAAAGAUGAGGGCUACCGUUAACGAAAAGGGCGAAGUCGUGGCUCGGCCUAUGAUGUACCUUGCUCUUACAUAUGACCAUCGUUUGAUUGACGGUAGGGAAGGAGUUACUUUCUUGAGAAGUAUUGCUGAAAAGAUUUCCGAUCCUACCAAGAUGUUGCUGGAAGUCUAA